AUGUUGCUGCUGUUUCCGUUGCUGUGUCUGCCUCUUUUAACUCUGUCGGAAACCACGGAACCUUCGGUGAUGCAGGAACGAUGGAGACUGCAGUUGAAGGACAGACACCAUGUGGAUUGGGUCGGUGAUGGGAUCUCAAAUUUUGUGGACGAUUUUAUUCCUGCUGGACGAUUUCCUGUCGAAGGUAUUUAUUAUCAAGGGAAAAAGAAGCACAAGCUGAACAAAUACCUCAUCCCCCUAAUCGUCGGAUUUAUGCUAAUAAAAUCGAUUCUGCUGCCCAUCGCACUGAAGACCCUAGCAAUUCUCAGUGGAAAAGCAGUGGUUUUGAGUCUGAUGAGCCUCAUACUAGCAGCCAUUGUGGGUUUGAAGAAAGUGGCUCAAAGUCAUUCGGCAAGUGGCUACGAGGUGGUAAAUUUACCAAUGAAUAAAUACAAGAGACACGACGUCUUUGAAAUGGCGGAUGAGUCGGAGCCUUACAAAUAUUAUAGAGAACGACGUAGGAGGAAAUAA